CCGGGGACGCAUUUCGCAGCUGCGCUUCCGGCGCGAGUGUCCGGCGCGAGGGCCUGGCGCGCGCCGGGGCUGGGGCCGCCCGCCCAGUGUCCGGCCAUGCCCAAGCUGCAGGGCUUCGAGUUCUGGAGCCGCACGCUGGGCGGGGCGCGGCACGUGGUGGCCCCCAUGGUGGACCAGAGCGAGCUGGCCUGGAGGCUGCUGAGCCGCCGGCACGGGGCGCAGCUCUGCUACACGCCCAUGCUGCACGCGCAGGUCUUCGUGCGCGACCCCAACUACCGCCGCGACCACCUCUACCACGCCGUGUGCCCCGAGGACCGGCCGCUCAUCGUGCAGUUCUGCGCCAACGACCCGGACGUGUUCGUGCAGGCGGCGCUCCUGGCGCAAGACCACUGCGACGCUGUCGACCUGAACCUGGGCUGCCCGCAGAUGAUCGCCAAGAGGGGCCACUACGGGGCCUUCCUGCAGGAGGACUGGGACCUGCUCCAGAGGAUGGUUUUGCUGGCCCACGAGAAACUGUCUGUCCCUGUCACCUGCAAAAUCCGAGUCUUCCCGGAGAUUGACAAGACGGUGCGCUACGCCCAGAUGCUGGAGAAGGCUGGGUGCCAGCUGCUGACCGUGCACGGCCGCACCAAGGAGCAGAAGGGGCCCCUGGCGGGCACCGCGUCCUGGGAGCACAUCAAGGCUGUGAGGAAGGCAGUGACCAUCCCUGUGUUUGCCAACGGAAAUAUCCAGAGCCUGUGCGAUGUGGAGCGCUGCAUCCGGGCCACAGGGGUGCAGGGCGUCAUGAGUGCAGAGGGGAACCUGCACAACCCGGCCCUGUUCGAGGGCCGGAGCCCCGCCGUGUGGGAGCUGGUGGAGGAGUACCUGGAGCUCGUGCGCCAGCACCCCUGCCCCCUGUCCUAUGUGCGCGCCCACCUUUUCAAGCUGUGGCACCACACGCUGCAGGUGCACCGGCAGCUUCGGGAGGAGCUGGCCAAGGCGAAGACCCUGGACGGAGUGGCCGCUGUGAGCCAGGAGCUGAAACUUCGCUGUCAGGCAGACAUGUCCAGGCAGGCUGCCGGGGAGAAGCCCACAGGAGACCUGCCUUUGUCCCACUGGAUCUGCCAGCCCUACUUCCGGCCAGAGCCCAGGGAGGGGAGCAGGCAGAGCGGGGGCGCCCCGAGCAAGCGGGCGCUGGAGGAGGAGGAGAGCGGCGCGGAGGUGCUGUCUAAGAACAAGCAGAAGAAGCAGCUGCGGAACCCCCACAAGACCUUCGACCCCUCGCUGAAGCCCAAAUACGCCAAGUGCGAGCAGUGUGGAAACCCCAAGGGGAGCAGGUGUGUGUUCGACCUGUGCCGGGCCUGCUGCAAGAAACGCGCCUUCAGGGACACGGCCGACUGUCCAGGUCACGGAUUGCUUUUUAAAACCAAACUGGAGAAGUCUCAGGCCCGGAAGGGGGCCCAGCUCAGGCCGCAGGAGCCGCAGGAGGAGCUGGUGGAGCCCAGCUUGGCCACGGUGGGCAGUGCCCUGCUCUGAGCCCACCCAGAGCUGCUCGUCGCUCCAGGAAGCGCCUUCACUCAGGGACACUCCGGCUGCUCGCAGGGAAGCAAGGACCCUCCCGGCCCCGGCGGGCUCCCGGGCCGGCCCGUCACGCCCUGCGCGUGUGUUCAGAACAAUAAAUGGUUUUAGAGA